GUGUCUGUGUGUCUGUGUGAUGUGAGGUCUGUGAGGCGCUGAAUGUGGUACAUUAAACAGCAUUUUCGUUCUUACCUCAUGAUUCCUGGACUUGAACCGUUGAGUGACUUCUAGCUAACCCCAAACCUGUUUCCCCCUCUCUAACCACACCUCCCUCCAGGGCUGGUUGGAGGAGCCUCAGCCCAGCCCCCUGAGCUCAAGCCCUGGGGGAUUCCUGCUGGGCGGCUCUCUGGACCCCAGUGAGAUGCUCCACAGACCCAGGGCACCCUCGGGGAAGGAGGGAAGUCAGGCGCAUCACCUCCUGGGACCAGCCCCGAGGGGACUCAAACCCAUCCAGGGUGCAGGUUCCUCCAAAGGAAAGCCCCAGGGGAGGGUCUUGGGGGGCCAUGGUGCAGCCCACCUCUCUGUGUGACCUCAGCCCUUGCCGACCCUCUGCCUGUGGUGGGAGGUCCCUGAACAAAGCACCCAGGGCCCCAGGGGCAAGGCCAAGCCCACAGGUGUGGGAGGCAGUUGAGCCCUGGAUCCUGACCACAGCAGGGCAGUUGGCAGAUGUGCCUCUGGGACAGAACCCCAGGGGUAACGGCCAUGGAUGCUGGAAGGGGCCUGGCUGGGGGCAGGGACCAGAGGAUGAGGAUGGGGCCACAUGGACUGGGGUGCCCUGGGACAGCUGCUGCCAGCGAGAGACCGGGGCACCACUCUCCAGGAAGCCCACGCUGCAAGUCAGGCCACAAGGGCCUCCGACCCUGAGGGCCGAUGAGGCCAGGGACAGGCCAGGGGGGCCGUGAGGACCCUGGUGAGCCAGGCCCCAACCUCAGGCAACGCUGGCCCCUGCUGCUGCUGGGUCUGGCGCUGGUAACCCAUGGCCUGGUGCACCCAACGGCUGCACCGCAGAGCAGAGCCCUGGGCCCUGGAGCCCCUGGAGGAAGCAGCAGGUCUUACGGCAGGGGCCACUCCCUGGAGCUCCAGCUGAUGUGUGAGGGGCCUUUCCUGGAGUCCCUGGGUCACUAG